GACUUUCAUUGGGGUCUUGCCAGGUCUCAGUUCUAAGUUUUCAGUCAUCUGAAAGCACAACUUCUACUGCAAAAAUAAAAAGUUCUAGCUAAAGUUUUGAUUCAAAAUGGACAAACGGGAUAAGGAUCAAAAACAGGGAUCACAGGGUCAACGGCCCAGCCCUCCUCCGAAACCACAACGUAGCGGGACAUCAGCGAAUCAACCAGGUGGCGAUCCACUAACAACUCAACCAAGUGGAAGUCCACAUCCACCGCCGACUCAACCACAUGGCAGUCCACCGCCGACACGGCCUCGAGGCAUUCCACAACCGACUCAAACCCUUGCCAGUUUACGGCCGAUUCAAACCCUUGGCAGUCUCCGGCCGACUCAAGCCCCUGGCAGUCCCCGGCCGACUCAAUCCCAUGGCAGUCCAAGGCCGACUCAAGACCCUGGCAGUCCCCGGCCGACUCAAUCCCGUGGCAGUUCCCAGCCGACUCAAUCCCCUAGCAGUCCCCGGCCGACUCAAUCCCGUGGCAGUUCCCAGCCGACUCAAGCCCCUGGCAGUCCCCGGCCGACUCAAUCCCGCGGCAGUCCACCGCCGACUCUACCCCGUGGAAUAUCGCAAGUGACUCAGUUACGUGGCAUAUCGCCACUGCCCCACCCACGUGGGCUCCCACCUACGACUAUGCCGCGUCCUUCGAGACAAUACAUGGCCGCACCAGGACCAGCACCUGGACCAGGACCAGCACCUGGAUCAGGACCAGGACCAGCACCUGGACCAGGACCAGCCACCAGGCGGGGACAGCCUCCUUCUCGUGCCCAGAUGGCCCAACGUGUACCCGUGCCGGAACCAUCUAAAGCCUCAUCGCCCGUUGUAGCCUCACCGACCGCUGCCCGACCUGAGCCUAAAAAACCAUCCCCCCAAAAAGCGACCAUCGAGGAAUCUCCCGAAAAACCGAAAGAGAGGAAACGAGUUAUCUUCGGAAAGAAGAAAGAACCAGAUUCUAGCCAGGAUAAACCCCCAACACCGAUUCUGAGUAGACGCCCAAGGUUCAACAAACGCCAGAUGACACAGGUGAAGCAAUCACGGAUUUACUAUUCGACUGAUGAGGAGGUACGCGAUGCUCUCAUGGAGUUUGGAGUAUUCCUCAUUUUCCUAGUCCUUACAUCAAUUGUGGCUCUUUCGGUGCGAGGACCGUACAUGUAUUACCUGAACAAUACGAUAAAAGAACUGUUUAGCGUACGUGAAAUGGUUGUGCAGCCCACAGUGACAAUCUCGUUUGAGAAAAUACUCACGGUUUCUGAUUGGUGGGACUAUUUGGAGAACAACUUUUUGGUAACGUUGCACGGUGGUACGACUAUAACCCUAGACGAUGGUACGUCGGUCGACACAUCCAACUCAACAAGCGAAAUCGAUGACGAUGAGACCGAAACAAACUCAACUGCUGAAGAAGAUUCUAGUCCUGAAGAGGAGUCGCAACGAUUCCGACUCACCGAAGAUCGCUUGUAUAUGGAGGAUGGAUAUGUGGAGAUCGACGAUGACACUGGAGACAACAGUUUUAGAAAUGAGCGAACCGAACGGGAGUUCAGGGAAAUCGAAGAAAAGGACAACCCUGCUAGAGAAAAGGUGGACAAAAGACAAGCUGGUGGUGCUGGUGUGGCUGGUGAUGGUAGCAAUGCAUUGGGCAUUUUGGCCAACGACUCAAAACAUUCGAUCAACUAUCUCAGAGGACGUGUAUUCCUACGGGAGAACCUCAUGCUCGGUCCGCCGCGCAUUCGGCAGAUACGCGUCCGCAAAGGGAGCUGCUACGUGAACGACGCCUUCAUCCGGUACUUCAACACCUGCUAUGCUCCAUACUCAAGGUCGGCCGAGGACACCAGCAAGACGCACAGGGGCACUUCGUUUAUGUCGAUGGGCGACCUGGGUUCCACGCCCAUCUGGACUCUGCUCACCUUAUACCGCUCCGGUGGGUAUGUCGUUGAUCUGAGCUACGAGAAGGAUGCGAACAAUAAGAAAAUCAAGGAACUGAAAGACCUCAACUGGGUGGAUCGCGGUGCGAGGCUGUGUGUGAUUGAGUUCAGUAUAUACAAUGAGAAUACGGAUAUCUUCCAGAGCGUCAAAUUAAUAGCAGAAAUUCCUCCAACGGGCUGCAUCAUACCGCAGACACACCUGUGCACUGUGAGAGAGUUUUCGUUCUUCACGGAACGUAGUCUCUUUUUGAUGGUAUGCUAUAUAUUCUGGUAUGUGAUGAUCGUUUACUACACGAUCUUCGAAACGAAUGAACUACGCAAGACGGGCUUCAAAAUCUACUACAGAUCAUUGCUCAAUGUUCUCGAUGGCAUCGUAUUGCUGUUUUGCUAUCUGGCUUUCGUCUACAACAUCUGGCAUACCUUCUAUAUUAAAUCUAUUACAUCCAUCCAAAAGAUAGAUCAUGGCUUUCUCUGUAUCGAUUAUCUUUGCUUCUGGAACAACCUUUACGUGGAUAUGAUGGCCCUAUUGGCUUUUCUCGUGUGGAUCAAGAUAUUCAAGUUCAUCAGUUUUAACAAGACACUCGUUCAGUUCACAACGACACUCAGAAGGUGCUACAAAGACUUGGCUGGCUUCAGUCUCAUGUUUGGGAUUGUUUUUCUGGCCUAUGCUCAGUUGGGUCUCCUGCUUUUUGGCACUAAGCAUCCAGACUUUGAUACCUUUACGACCUCAAUCUUGACGAUGGUUCGCAUGAUCCUGGGCGACUUUCAGUAUAAGCUCAUUGAGCAGGCCAACCGAGUGCUGGGCCCCAUCUACUUCCUCACCUACAUUCUGCUCAUGUUCUUCAUACUGUUGAACAUGUUCCUGGCUAUCAUAAUGGAGACCUACAACUCGGUGAAGAGUGAAAUUACAACGGGACGCAGUCAUUUGGGCUCGUACAUCUAUAGGAAGAUUGGUAUAGCCUUCAAUUGGAUCUUCUACUUCUGUCUAAGGCGUCGCCGUCAGCGUCAGUCCGAUGGGGCUGGCUUAGCCGUAGCAGCUGCGGAAGACCCAAGGCGAACUAGAUUUCAGCGUCCCCAAAAUUUUGAAGAUUCUAAUCCAGAUAUAGAAGAGAAGGAAUUGUAUCGGCUGAAAAAUCGCGUGAUGCGACUUGAAGAUAUUCUGGAGCAGUUGGUCAACAAUUUGGAUAUAAUUAAAAAUCACGUAGACAAAGGCCACUUCAAAACGAAAAAGAGGAAGCCAGCCAUGUCUGGCUUGUAAAAGAUCACAGAUCUAGGUAACAGUGCGGUAUGGUGCGUUGGCAAAUAUAGAGAUAUGUAUUUAAAAAAAAGAUCUUAGCAAAGACUGCAAAAUAAUA